AUGAUAAUAUCGAAAGUUGGUAAAUCUGUACUUUCAAAAUCAGUUUCGUUCAAUGCAAGGCGUUUGGGUUUUUUGCCUACCCUACAACGACAAAAGAAAUCUCUUGUAAAACUUACAAAACAACAAAGUCGUUUAUAUUCUCUGGACGUGCAAAAACAUGAAAAGGAAACAAUUAUAAGACUUUUAUAUAAUAUUGGUUCGAAAAAAGAAGCUGAACAAUAUCUCCGUCAAUUUUCAUCAGUUGAAUCUCAAAAAUUUGCCGUAAUAAAAGUUGGUGGUGCUGUUAUUAGUAAUGAAAUAGAUUCUCUUGCCUCUUCACUUUCGUUUCUAAACCGUGUUGGGCUAUAUCCAAUUGUAUUACACGGGGGUGGUCCACAACUCAAUAUAGAAUUAGAAAAGGCUGGAAUAGAACCUCAAUAUAAAAAUGGUAUUCGAAUAACUGAUGCAAAAACUCUUGAAAUCGCAAGAUCCAUAUUUAUACAAGAAAAUCUUAAAUUGGUUGAAGCGUUAGAAAAUUUAGGAACUCGUGCACGACCUAUAACAGGUGGUGUAUUCAUCGCUGAUUAUUUGGGUCGUGAAGAUUACGGUUAUGUUGGACAAAUUACUGGAAUAAAUAAAAAUAUCGUAAAUGCUAGUAUCAAAGCAGGUGCGUUACCUAUCUUGACAAGCUUGGCUGAAACUCCUUCUGGACAAAUAUUGAAUGUAAAUGCUGAUGUGGCUGCUGGGGAAUUGGCAAAGGUUCUCGAACCAUUAAAAAUUAUUUUCCUUAGUGAAAAAGGUGGACUUAUAAAUGAAGAAACUAAAAAAAAAAUUGAUUCAAUAAAUAUUGAUGAGGAAUAUGAUCAUUAUAUGUCACAACCAUGGGUCAAACAUGGAACGCGAUUGAAAUUGAAAGAGAUCAAAGACCUUCUUGAUCAUCUUCCUCGAUCAUCAUCUGUAGCAAUUACAGCUGUAGAACAACUUCCGAAGGAACUUUUCACAGAUAGUGGAGCUGGAACUUUAAUUCGUCGUGGCCAUCGUCUUUUUAAGUUUAACUCAUUAGAUGAAAUGGAUAAAAAUAAAUUGCAAAAGAGAUUGCAAAUAAACCCAAAUUCUGAUUUUGUAUCAACCCUUUCCAAAAAAUCUUAUAAAGUCUACAGCGAUGAACCUUAUGACGUCUUGGCGAUUGUAACCCAAGAAAAAACUAACCCAAAUGCUAUUCCUUUCCUUGAGAAAUUCGUUGCUACAAAAAAUAGUGUACUCAGUAAUGUAAUUGAUAAUGUAUGGAAUAAUAUUCAAAAGGAUAAUCCUCGAUUACUUUGGGCUAUUGAUGAUCAUGAUGAAAAUAAGUCUUGGCACUUUUCUAGAUCAGAUGGUAGUUAUACAAUAGAUGGAAAAACAUUGUUUUGGUAUGGCAUAAAUGUUGAAGAAGUUUCCGCUGCGAUUAAAGAUUUUGUUGCUACGCUGCCAAACACAAAUACGACUCAAUCAUCAUCUUCAGGUCGAGCAUUCACUAAUAUCUCCAGAGGUUUUUCCACUUUUGCACGAUAUAAUCAAUAUAAUCAAUGUAAUAAGAAUAAUCCAUUUUCAAUAUCAAGCCUAUUACGCCGUCAAUAUGCUACUUCCACAUCAUCAAAAGUUGCUCUUAUUGGUGCACGCGGCUACACUGGCCAAAAUUUUGUGUCAUUGUUAAACAAUCAUCCACAUAUCUCAUUGUCUCAUGUGUCUUCUCGUGAAUUGGAAGGUCAAGAGCUCUCUGGAUAUUCUAAAGAAAAGAUUAAAUAUGUAAAUUUGAAAGCGGAACAAAUGAAAGAAAUGCAGAAAAAUGGGGAAGUUGAUUGUUGGGUUAUGGCUUUGCCAAACGGUGUAUGUACGCCAUUUGUGCAAGCUAUUAAUGAAGGUCAAGCAGAUAAAAGUUUAAUUAUAGAUUUAAGUGCCGAUUAUAGAUUCGACAGUGAAUGGACAUACGGUUUACCCGAACUUAGUAAAAAUCGUGAAUCUUUUCGUCAAACCAAAAAAAUAUCAAAUCCUGGGUGUUAUGCUACUGGUUCUCAACUUUCUAUAGCUCCCUUGUUACCAUACAUAUCCGAGACCCCUACCGUUUUUGGUGUAUCUGGCUAUUCUGGUGCUGGAACCAAACCAUCUCCUAAAAAUGAUCCUAAAUUUCUCGAAAACAAUAUGAUACCAUAUUCUCUCACAGAUCAUAUUCAUGAACGUGAAAUUUCAUAUCAUUUGGGAAGAACCGUAAAUUUCAUUCCACACGUCGCACCUUUCUUCCAAGGAAUAACCUUGACUGUUAAUAUUCCCCUCUCAAAAUCUUUCAAAUCUGCGGAAAUACGCGAAUUAUAUGAACAAAAAUAUGCUGGAGAAAAACUUAUCAAAGUUGUAGACGAUGUACCACUUGUAAAAGAUAUCUCUAAAAAACAUUUUGUGAAAAUUGGCGGAUUCGGUGUACAUUCAUCAGGUAAAAGAGUUGUUGUCAUAACAACUAUUGAUAACUUAUUAAAAGGUGCUGCUACUCAAGCUUUACAGAAUAUAAACCUCGCUCUCGGGUAUAAUGAAUACGAAGGCAUUCCUUCGGAAUAA